UCAGUGAAUUUUUUUCCCUUUCCACAGUUAAUGAAGCCUCAAUCCCUACAAAAUUGAGCUUCCACAUCAAAGUGACUUACAGCAAAUAUGUUUUGAAGCAAUUCUUCACUUGCAUAAUUUCCCUAAUAAAAUGCAUUCACGGAACCACUGCUAAACUCAGAAGAGGGUGCUCUGCAAGAGGAUUCCAAUUUCCUCUUCUGAUCAGAGCUGUGCUCUCAUUCAGGGGAUCACUGGUUGCCUGACCAGUCACACGCGCAACCAUGACGCCUAAACAUUGCCUUCUAGGCUUCCUCGUCACUCUCUUCCUGACUGGUGCUGCAGAAACUCAUCCAGCCCAUGAGUCUCUGAAGCCUCAGAGAGUACAUUUUCAGUCCCGGAACUUUCACAACGUUUUGCACUGGCAGCCUGGGAGGGCUUCUGCCAGCAGCAGCAGUAUCUACUUUGUACAAUAUAAAAUCUACGGACAGAGACAAUGGAAAAAUAAAGAGGACUGUUGGGGUAUUCCGGAACUCUUUUGUGACCUUACCAAUGAAACCUCAGAUGUUCAGGAGGCUUAUUACGGAAGGGUGAAGACGGCUGUGGCUGGGACCCACUCAGCCUGGACCAUGACACGGCGGUUCACACCCUGGUGGGAAACAAAAAUAGGUCCUCCAGGCAUGAAUAUAACCCAAGUCAAUGGAUCCUUGUUGGUGAUUCUCCAUCCUCCAAAGAUACCAUAUAGAAACCAAAAAGGAAAAAAUGUAUCAAUGGAAAAUUACUAUGAGCUAGUAUACCGAGUCUUUAUAAUUAACAACUCACUAGAAAAGGAACGAAAGGUAUAUGAAGGAACUCACAGAGUGGUUGAAAUUGAAGCUGUAACACCUCACACUGGUUACUGUGUAGUGGCUGAAAUAUAUCAGCCCAUGCUAGACAGAAGAAGUCAGAGAAGUGAAGAGAGAUGUGUGAAAUGUCCUUGAAGUGGUGUGGUGUGCUCUGCAACAUGGAAAUCAAAAGCUCUCUGGGAAUGGGAUGGCUCAUGCUUGAAGUAUCUCAUUGAAAAUUGUUUUUAUUCUUCUUAAAGCAAUGUCACACUUUUGCGACUUCUUUGUUUAUCCAUUAUUUCUUCCUUUAUAUUUCAUUUGUAAACUGAAUUUAAGCAACAUAUCCACUUCCAACACAUUAGAAUUUAAAGAGGCAGAGAAUAAGGGCUCUAUGAAAUAUAGAGCUUUACUUCUGAAUGUAACAUCCCUAACAACAAUCUCCACUGUCCUGAAAAAUGUAAAAACCAAGGAAUAGUAGGCAUUUAACAAACUGUUGUUGAAUUAAUUUUGACAAAUAGCAUUAUAGACAAGCAACCUUUUUCACUCUCUAUUGACACAAUUUGAGAUAGAUGUGCCAACUUUUAUAUGAAUGAACAUUUUAUAUGAAUGAAUAUAUUCCCAUAUAUUUCUAUUUUAUAUAAAUACUAGAGGCCUGGUGCACGACAUUCAUGCACUAGCGGGUGGGGGAAGGUGGUCCCUCAGUCUGGCCUGUGCCUUUUCACAGUCUGGGAGCCCUCGGGGGUGUCCAGCAGUCGGACAUCCUUAGCGCUGCAGCAGAGGCAGGAGAGGCUCCCUGGCUUCUGGCUGAGCAGUGGUCCCCCUAUGAGAGCACAUUUACCACCAGGGGGCAGCUCCUGCAUUGAGCGUCUGCCCUUUGGUGGUGGUUCUGCCAGUUUAUUUGCAUAUCACCCUUCUAUUAUAUAGGAUAUUUUUGCAUACAUUUAUUUUCUAUAUAAAUCAUUUCCACUUAGUGAACCAAUCUUUUAACCUAUGUAAAUAACAAUAGUACUUGCAAAGAACCUCAAGUCUCUGGAGGAAUAUCUAGAUUAAGAUUAUCCACAAUAACAUCUAAAUACUGAAGGAUGUCUACUCAAUACAAUUUUUUUCAUUUAGCACAUACUCAUAUUAAGGUUUUCUUUUCUGUUUUUAUUUUGUUUCUUAAUGUUACCUUAGAAGAAUUCAACCUUAUUCUCAAAAUCAGGUAUAAUAUAUUUCGCAACAAAAUAAAAAAGAAACCUUAACUCCAAUUUAUACCACCCUCACUACUCUACCUUCCCGAUGAAGGGUCUCUUGCCAGUUGCACAUUAGGAACUCCUAUGUACAAGGAUCUUAUGAAUUACAGUUUGACUGGAGACAUGUGGGAUGGCUGAGAACCAGGUGGAGAUGCUGGCUUGAAGCUGAGAGCACUCAGUGGGUGACAGGUUUACUCGGGAGAGGGCCUGGUAUUGGCAGAGAUCAUAGGGCCAGCUAAAGCCCCCCAACAAGUUCCUAGCAGCUCCACUGCACCCCAGUAAAGGUACGUAGCCUAAGGCUCAGUGUAAUCAACAGAAAGCUGCUUUCUUCACUUUUGGCUUUAUCUUACAUAUCUGUUUAAGGCUGUCUUUCUUGUGAGGAAGUAUAUUUUGGAGAACAUUUGCACAAUUCCUCAUGAAAAUUUCUCCAAAAUGUGAUAAAAAUAUAUUCAAUGCUUCUGGUCACAUACAGUUAUACACAAUGAUAAAUGGAUUAAAAAUUAUUUAAAAAUGUAUGGAGGGAGAGAGCAAGAGACACAACAAGAGCUAGAGAACUGGUUCCAUUGCUUUGCCCUAUGGUCAGAAAAAGAUGAAUUUGAGCAUAGACCUAGAGACAAAAAAUUCCUUUACCUUAUAUUUUUGAAUUAUGCUUUUUCCUCCUUAUUAUCUUUUUUGCUUUUUGUGAGAAGCAGGGAUUGCAUGUGGCCAAGAGCAUUUAAGUUUGUGCAAUUCAGCAGUUCUGAAGCUUGAUUUAAAAACAGCUAUGGUUGCCUCAUGAAAGUUAAUAGGUAGCACCAAGUUUUGGGUUUAUUUGUUUUGCUUUCAUGCUUAGGCAAGUCACUUAGACACGCGUAGGCAAGAAUGAAAUACUUUGUAAAAAAUAAGAAUUGUCACAUUCUUCAUUGUGUUAGGCAUAUGCGGUCAUCCUAUUUCAAUAAAUCUUUUGCUUUGCAAUUUGA